AUGAAGCUUGAAGAGCAAGAAAGUGACAUUUUGUUUCCGACAGAUGAGGAAUGCCAAGUCGAUCGCCCCUACGACGAUGAAGAAGAAAUCUCCACUCCAUCUUCUCCAUUAUCUCGGAACGAUUCCGCUCCAUGGCCUCGAAGUUAUCGACAAUCUGUGGAUAUCUUAACCGGAACUACACCUCCGACAAUCAGCUUCAUUCACCGGAGAAGUUCUCAGACAUCAUUCACCAGCUCGAUCUCUUCCUUGUACAAGAGACGCCAAAACUCUAUUCUCAACUCGUUUGCUUCUUCCACAAGCAAACAACCGCUGCUCACCGAGAAAGACGAGGUAUCUGUCAAAUCAUACAUUUCAUCUCAGCUCAGUUUAUCAAUCACCGAGCUCGCAUUCGAAGAACAUAAUCUCUGCUCGUUUCCUCAAUCCGUUCUCAACGGAAUCAAUAUCCUAUGUGGAGUAGGUCUACUCACAAUGCCAUACGCAGUGAAAGAAGGAGGAUGGCUCGGGCUUUUUAUACUCUUCUUCUUCGGUAUCAUCACUUGCUACACCGGUAUUCUCCUCAAGCGAUGUCUUGAAAGCUCUCCUAACCUCCAUACCUAUCCCGAUAUCGGUCAAGCUGCCUUUGGAUUCACUGGCCGCCUCAUCAUCUCCAUACUUCUGUACAUGGAAUUAUACGCAUGUUGUGUGGAGUAUAUAAUCAUGAUGAGUGAUAACUUGUCAAGACUCUUCCCCAACAUUUUGUUAAACAUCGCUGGAGUAUCUCUUGAUUCUUCACAGAUCUUUGCCAUAGCAACUACUCUUAUUGUUCUUCCUACAGUUUGGCUUAGAGACCUUAGCUUACUCUCCUAUCUCUCAGCCGGAGGAGUUUUCUCUUCCAUCUUGCUGGCUCUUUGUCUCUUUUGGGUCGGGUCGGUUGAUGGAGUCGGGUUUCACUCAGGUGGACAAUCUCUGGAUCUCAGUAACUUACCUGUCGCGAUUGGGAUUUUCGGGUUUGGGUUCAGUGGUCACGCGGUUUUCCCAAACAUUUACUCUUCUAUGAAAGAUCCAUCCAAGUUUCCUUUGGUGCUCCUCGCUAGUUUUGGGUUCUGUGUAAUCUUUUACAUAGCCGUAGCAAUUUGCGGCUACAGUAUGUUUGGUGAGGCGAUUCAAUCGCAAUUUACGCUAAACAUGCCGCAACAAUUCACGUCUUCUAAAAUCGCAGUUUGGACUGCGGUCAUUACACCGAUGACUAAAUACGCCUUAUCUCUCACACCAAUCGUGCUAAGCUUAGAAGAACUUCUGCCGUCGUCAGAAAAGAUGAGAUUUUACGGAGUAUCAAUGUUUCUUAGAACGAUCUUAGUUCUCUCUACUUUGGUUGUUGCACUUACGUUCCCAUUCUUUGCGAUCAUGGGGGCUUUGAUGGGAUCUUUCCUCUCAAUGCUUGUCGCUUUUAUAUUUCCAUGUCUGUGUUAUCUCAGUAUCUUGAAGGGUAGACUGAGUAAGACGCAGAUGGGAAUAUGCGUUUUCAUCAUAAUCUCCGGCAUUGUAAGCGGUUGCUGCGGGACGUACUCCGCAAUUGGAAGAUUAGUAGGAGAAUGGAGUUGA